AUGUUGGUGGCAUCAUUCCAUACGCCACCUACCCGUACAGAUCUUCUUGAUUAUCUUCAAUCUUCGGCUAUGGCAAAACAAUCAAAUGAUGUGACAUUGCAAAAUGACGGCACCUUACCGUCAUCUACAAAAGGCAAUAAAUUUGGGCCUUCAAGGAAUUCAAAUGGAUCGUCACGAUUGUCACAUUUAUUAUCGAAGAUUUCUCGAAAAGAUAAGAAAAUACCAAAUAAUUACUAUAUUCCUGCUGAACCGCCGUUCACCUCAACUCCGGACAUGUCGGGAGAAGAAGAUGCUGUCGAGGUGUCGUAUAUCGAGACAGAAAGUGAAAAUAAUGGCGAUUCCGAAGAUACCAUCCCGGCUGCUGAUUCUGCUAACACUAAAAGCUCACUGAGCAGAGUGAUUUAUGUUGACAGCGCUGUGAUGGACGAUUCAACUACAACAACAACAGCAUCAGCGGACUAUAGCAGUAGUUCCGCAUUCGGGAAUACGAACACUGAGGAACAGAUGAUAAGGACAAGCAUUACUGCUUGCACAACAUCGGAUCAACAAGUUGUACAACCAAUAGCACAAACAAAAUUAGCAACAGCCGAUGAUAAUGCAAAUUUCAGGAGUUGUUUGAGGAAAAUGUGGUCAUCAAUGAUGUGCGAUAUCGCUGAAGUGAUUGAUGGAUGGUUACCGUUAGAUCUUUCACAAAUGAUUAAGUGCAGCGAUAAUUCCGACACUUUUUUCGAACGAUUACAUCAUGAAGCAGAAGUGUUCGUCACCUUUCUGAUAGCACAAUUCCGCUUCAUCCCGACCAUUUGGUCAUCCCUAAUAUGGCCAGCAUUUAUCCAGUUGUAUGAAGAAUGGUUACAAAAAACAGUACAAAAUGCAAAGGAAAAUUUGAAUGAGUACUACGAAACCGUUUGGACAAAUGUUGUGAGAAAGUAUUAUAUGAUUUUGAUAAGAAUGAUUAAUUGA